UGAUCAGAUAAGCCCUUACCAGAAAACAGCCUUUGAAGGAGUCAAGAACAGGGAGAAAGAACAAGAAACACAAGAAGAGGAACAUUUGAUGGAAGAAAAGAAAAAGAAAAAGCAGGAAGAAAAGAAAAAGAAGGAAGGUGCUCAGAAAAAGGCUGCUGAACAAAAAACCAAAGUGCCAGAACCUAUUAAGACCAGUUUAAGCCAGCCCCAACCUGCCGGUACCGGUACCAGUACUUCCACCAGCACUAUUACCAACAGCAGCAAUGGCAAGCGUGCGUCUGCUAAUGGGCAGCAGCCAGCUGCUUCCCGUUACCUGCCUCGAGAGGUGCCUCCACGCUUCCGCCAGCAAGAACAGAAGCAGCUCCUAAAGCGGGGUCAGCCACUGCCUACUGGGACCCUGAGCGGCACCAGCCCAGCGCAGGGUACUGGACAAGCAGGGGCGAGUCCUCCUCCACAGCAAGGAGCAGGUGGACAGCAUCAUCCCAGUAAGACCCAAACAGAUCUCAGCCACAGUGGAUUGGGAGACCAUUAUGAGAAUUCCCACUGGGGACAGCAGCCCGCUUUCCGGAGUGAAGGCAACUGCAGCUGGGAUAAAGUGAUAAUAGACAGGACUGACAAGGAAGCGUGGCCUUCCAUUACCGGAGCUGAGACUGAGUCUGCCUCAGAAUGUACUACAGACACUGACUCUGCCUCCAACUGUGGCUCAGAGAACAGUAGCAUGGCUACAGGGAGUGCCCAAGGCAACUUCACUGGACAUACAAAGAAAACUAAUGGCAAUAAUGGCGCCAACGGAGCACUCGUCCAAAGCACUUCUAACCAGAGUGCCCUUGGAGCUGGCGGAGCAAACGGUAACGGCAACUCGGCCAGGGUGUGGGGUGUGGCGGCGGGCUCCAGCUCUGGCCUAGCUCACUGCUCUGCCAGUGGUGGGGAUGGAAAGAUGGACAACAUGAUGGGAGAUGGUAGAAGUCAGAACUGCUGGGGUGCUUCCAACUCGAAUGCUGGCAUUAAUCUUAACCUUAACCCUAAUGCCAAUCCAGCUGCCUGGCCUGUACUUGGACAUGAAGGAACUGUGGGAGCAGGCAACCCUUCCAGUAUUUGCAGUCCAGUCAGUGCCAUAGGUCAGAACAUGGGCAACCAGAAUGGGAACCCAACAGGCACCUUAGGUGCUUGGGGAAACUUGCUGCCGCAAGAGAGCACAGAACCACAAACGUCCACUUCUCAGAAUGUGUCUUUCAGCGUACAACCUCAGAACCUUAACACUGAUGGACCAAAUAACACUAACCCCAUGAACUCUUCACCAAACCCUAUCAAUGCAAUGCAGACAAAUGGACUGCCAAACUGGGGGAUGGCUGUUGGUAUGGGGGCCAUCAUCCCGCCCCACCUGCAAGGCCUUCCUGGUGCUAACGGAACAUCAGUUUCUCAAGUCAGCGGGGGCAGUGGUGAAGGAAUGGGCAGUUCAGUGUGGGGGAUGUCCCCAGGUAAUCCUGCCACAGGAAACAGCAAUUCUGGGUUCAGUCAGGGGAAUGGAGACACUGUGAACUCAGCAUUAAGUGCUAAACAAAAUGGAUCCAGCAGUGCUGUGCAAAAGGAAGGAAACGGAGGAAGCGCGUGGGAUUCGGGGCCUCCGUCUGGUCCUGGGGUACUGGCGUGGGGCAGGGGCGGUGGCAACAGCGGUGUCGGUAGUAUGCAUUCUGGAGCUUGGGGCCACCCCAACCGUAACACCAGUAACGGUGUGAACGGGGAAUGGGGUAAGCCCCCAAACCAGCAUUCCAAUAGUGACAUCAAUGGGAAAGGAUCAACAGGGUGGGAGAGUUCUAGCGUUACCAGUCCAAAUCCUGCCAUGCAGCAGGGCAACGAACAAAUAAACUCUUGGGCCAAAGCUGCAGCAUCUGGCACCACGGCUAGCGAAGGAAGUAACGACAGCGGUGGGAGUCAAAAUGAAGGCAGUACUGGGAGGGAGGGGGCUGGAGAGGGCAGGAGGAGAGACAAAGUGAUGAUAGACCAAGGGCAAGUUCAGUUGCCAAGAAAUGACCUUGACCCCAGGGUCCUGUCCAAUACGGGGUGGGGACAGACUCCUGUAAAGCAAAACACUGCCUGGGAAUUUGAAGAGUCCCCAAGGUCUGAACGAAAGAAUGACAAUGGAACAGAGGCCUGGGGCUGUGCAGCUACUCAAUCUUCAAACUCAGGGGGGAAGAACGAUGGGUCCAUCAUGAACAGUACAAAUACCUCUUCAGUAUCUGGGUGGGUCAACUCUCCACCGGCAGCUGUUCCAACAAAUACAGGUUGGGGAGACAGUAACAACAAAGCACCAAAUGGCCCAGGGGGAUGGGGAGAGUCAGCAAGCUCUACUACUGUUAAUAAUGCUGCUGCUGCCAAAAGCGGCCACGCUUGGAGUGGGACCGCAAAUCAGGAGGACAAAUCACCUACCUGGGGUGAACCUCAGAAACCCAAAUCUCAAAACUGGGGAGAUGGACAGAAAUCAAAUCCAAGCUGGACUUCAGGAGGUGGAGAUUGGACAGAUUCAUCAUCUGUUCCUGGACACUUGGGUGAUGGGAAGAAGAAUGGAUCUGGAUGGGAUUCUGACAAUAGAUCGGGGACUGGUUGGAAUGAUUCCACAAGGUCUGGGACCAGUGGGUGGGGAAAUGGCACAAACAGCAAGGCUAAUACAGGUACAAGUUGGGGGGAAUCUUUAAAGCCAGGCCCCCAACAAAAUUGGGCUAAUAAACCCCAGGACAACAAUGUGAGUAACUGGGGAGGAGCUGCUUCUGUAAAACAGACGGGGUCAGGGUGGGUUGGUGGGCCAGUGCCAGCCAAACAAAAAGAGAACUGUGAGGCAACUGGCUGGGAAGAGCCAUCUCCACCGUCCAUUCGCCGCAAGAUGGAAAUCGAUGAUGGUACCUCAGCUUGGGGCGACCCAAAUUACAACAACAACAAGACUGUAAACAUGUGGGAUAGAAAUAAUCCUAUCAUUCAGAGCAGUACCACAACCAACACCACCACCACUAGCACCAUUAUCAACACAAAUAUGGUUGAACCUCAGCCAUCGCACCAGUCAAGUGCCCAGCCGAACCGGUCCCCGCUGCUUGGUCCAGCAGGCUGGGGAGAAAUGCCUACUGUCCACACAAAGAAUGAAGCUUCUUGGGGAGAGCCGUCAUCCCCUUCUGCUGCAGUUGAUAAUGGCACUUCAGCAUGGGGGAAACCCCCCAGCAGUGGUACAGGGUGGGGAGAUAAUCCUGCCGAGUCUGCAGGGACAUAUGGAAGAACAAAUGCUCCAGCUGCUGCCCCAGCACUGUGCAAACCAGCUUCAAAAUCUAUGCAAGAAGGCUGGGGCGGUGGUGGGGAUGAAGUGAAUCUCAGUACUAGUCAGUGGGAAGAUGAAGAAGGAGAUAUGUGGAAUAAUACUGCUUCACAAGAGAGCAGCUCCUCCUGUAAUUCCUGGGGGAACGCCCCGAAGAAAGGACUUCAAAAGGGCAUGAAGACAUCUAGCAAGCAAGAUGAGGCCUGGAUCAUGAACCGUCUGAUAAAACAGCUCACAGACAUGGGCUUCCCUAGAGAGCCAGCGGAAGAGGCCUUGAAGAGCAACAAUAUGAAUCUCGAUCAGGCCAUGAGUGCUCUGCUGGAAAAGAAGGUGGAAAUGGACAAGCGUGGAAUGGGAGUGACCGACUAUAAUGGAAUGGUCACCAAACCCCUUGGCUGCCGCCCACCACCGAUCUCCAAAGAGUCUUCCAUGGACCGCCCCACCUUCCUUGACAAGGAUGGCGGCCUAGUGGAAGAGCCCACUACUUCACCAUUUUUGCCUUCACCAAGCCUGAAGCUCCCCCUUUCAAACAGUGCACUCCCUAAUCAGACCCUGGGCGGGAUUGCCUCAGGGCUGGGCAUGCAAAACUUGAAUUCUUCUAGACAGAUACCGAGUGGCAAUCUGGGUAUGUUUGGCAAUAGCGGAGCAGCACAAGCCAGGACCAUGCAACAGCCGCAGCAACCGCCAGUGCAACCUCUUAAUUCAUCCCAGCCUAGUCUUCGUGCUCAAGUGCCUCAGUUUCUAUCCCCUCAGGUUCAAGCACAGCUUUUGCAGUUUGCAGCAAAAAACAUUGGUCUCAGCCCUGCACAGUUAACCUCGCCAAUUAAUAAUCCUCAGCAUAUGACGAUGUUGAACCAGCUCUAUCAGCUGCAGCUGGCGUACCAACGUUUACAAAUCCAGCAGCAGAUGUUACAGGCUCAGCGUAAUGUUUCCGGACCCAUGAGACAACAGGAGCAGCAAGUUGCACGUACAAUCAAUAACAUGCAGCAGCAGAUCCAGCAGCACCAGCGCCAGCUGGCACAGGCCCUGCUUAUGAAGCAGCAGCCGCCCCCUCCACAUCUAUCUUUGCACCCCUCUGCAGGCAAAUCAGCCAUGGAUAGCUUUUCACCCCAUCCCCAGGCUCCCGGCCUACCUGACCUGCAGACCAAAGAGCAACAGUCUUCACCGAACACCUUUGCUCCUUACCCUCUUGCUGGACUGAACUCGAACAUGAAUGUAAAUAACAUGGACAUUACUGGUGGUUUGUCAGUGAAGGACACUUCUCAGUCCCAGUCUCGCCUUCCUCAGUGGACACACCCCAACUCAAUGGAUAAUCUGUCCAGUGCUGCUUCUUCGCUUGACCAGAACUCCAGCAAGCACGGUGCUAUACCUGGAGGUUUAAGUAUUGGUCCUCCGGGAAAGUCCUCCAUUGAUGACUCUUAUGGCCGGUAUGAUCUGAUUCAAAACAGUGAAUCGCCCGCCAGUCCACCUGUAGCUGUUCCUCACAGCUGGUCACGUGCCAAAACCGAUAGUGAUAAAAUUUCCAAUGGCUCCAGCAUAAACUGGCCACCAGAAUUUCAUCCAGGAGUGCCAUGGAAAGGACUGCAGAAUAUUGAUCCUGAAAAUGACCCCGAUGUUACUCCUGGAAGUGUUCCAACUGGGCCUACCAUAAACACCACGAUACAGGAUGUUAAUCGCUAUCUUCUCAAGAGUGGAGGGUCAUCCCCAACAUCAUCUCAGAAUGCCACGCUGCCUUCAUCGAGUGCCUGGCCGCUUAGUGCCUCCGGCUACAGUAGCUCUUUCAGCAGCAUUGCAUCUGCACCUAGCAUUGCAGGUAAAUUGUCAGACAUCAAGUCUACGUGGUCCUCUGGCCCAAUCUCUCACACACAAGCCUCUCUAUCCCAUGAACUAUGGAAGGUACCCAGAAACACUACUGCUCCUACGAGACCACCUCCAGGCUUAACAAACACCAAGCCAUCAUCGACGUGGGGUGCCAGUCCCCUGGGUUGGACCAGCUCUUACUCCUCUGGUUCUGCAUGGAGUACGGACAGCUCAGGGAGAACAAGCAGCUGGCUGGUUCUUCGCAACCUCACGCCCCAGAUUGAUGGCUCCACACUGCGGACACUGUGUUUGCAACAUGGCCCUCUAAUAACAUUCCACUUGAACCUGACGCAAGGGAAUGCUGUGGUCCGAUACAGCUCCAAGGAGGAAGCAGCCAAGGCGCAAAAGUCUCUGCAUAUGUGUGUCCUGGGAAACACUACCAUCCUGGCCGAGUUUGCUGGUGAAGAAGAAGUCAACCGCUUCCUAGCCCAAGGCCAGCCGCUGCCGCCCACCUCCAGCUGGCAGUCCAACACUGGAAGCAACCAGACCCGCCUGGGCUCCUCCAGCAGCUCCCACGGCUUGGUGCGCAGCGACGCCGGCCACUGGAACACCCCCUGCCUGGGGGGCAAGGGGAGCAGCGACCUGCUGUGGGGGGGGGUGCCUCAGUACUCCAGCAGCCUUUGGGGACCCCCGAGCACCGACGACGGCAGAGUUAUCGGAAGCCCGACACCUUUGAAUACUCUUCUUCCGGGUGAUCUUCUCAGUGGGGAGUCCAUCUAGGAAACAAGAGAAACAAAAUGGAAAUAACAAUCAUCAGCACUAAAGGAAAAAUAAAAAAUUGUAACCCUUUCCAGUCCCGGGCUUGAUGAAGAAUCCAGCUUUAACAGAUCAGACUGGCAGCCCUUUUUAGUACCUCUGUCCAAUAUCGAAUAUGAAACUGCAGAAGCCCUUGUGAACUGUUCCUGAAACAGUAUGGGCUUCUUUUGGUCAGUGUCACAUGCUAAUGACAGGUUUUUAUUUUUUUCGUGGCUUUUUGUUUUAUGUUGUCUUUUUAUGUUUGUAUGGUGAUUUUCAAAACAAAGUAUAAAAGCUGCUUAGAAUAGGUCUAUCAUGAAGGGCACUUUUCAGAAUUUGGGCUGGAAAGGGUUAUUUUAUCAACCUGGGGGGGGGGGGGGGGGGGGGGCGCGGGGAGGAGGGGAAUGAAAGCCUAUUUAAAAUGAGCCUGUGACUAUUAUGCACAUUACCAGAGGCGGACCCACUAAUCAGAAAGGGUGAAGUGUGAUAUUUACCAUUGGUACAGAAAAGUAAUGAAUCUGAAUGGUAACUAUUGACUGUACAGGUUGGGGGGGGUGGGGGGGAGGGCAGGGUUGGGGUGUCUCUGUGUCCACUACUCCCAUGGAUCUGCCUAUGCACAUUACCCUUGUUUCAUUACUUUUUCAUGUCAUUUUUUAAAUCCCAAAAAUAUAAAAAGUAAAAAAACAAACAAAAAAAACCACAAACAAAAAAAAAAACCUACAAAAAAAAAAAAAACCACACAAAAAAAACCCCAACAAACAAACAGAAAAACAUAUCAACAUGCAAAUACUUGAAUCCAGCAGGCCAAUAACAAAAUGUGAACACUUUCUAAGUCUAAUUAUUACACUUCCAGGUCAGCAUCAGUACACAAAAAACAGGCUCUAAGAAUUUUUUUUAGUGUUCAGACUAUACGUUUUCGUUGGAACAGAUGUAUGUAUGUGAGUGUGCUUGUGUGUAUGCGCGCGCAUGUAUGUGUGUGCCCAUGUGUGGUUUAACUAUAAAAGUGUGAAUUUUUUCCUUUUAUUCAGUAUAUGCUUUUUAUUUGCUCAUUGGUCAAAUGUUUAAUUGUUAUUAGCUUCUAACUUUGCACUGAGUGUCCGCAGCCCUUCUUGUAGCUAAUCCUAUAAUGUUAGAAAAAAAAAAAAAAAAAAAAGAAAAAAGAAAAAAAAAAAAGAACUGAUAGAAGGGGCCGGCGACAAUUCACGUGUAAAUGUUUACUCAAGGACUCUUAUCGCAUUUUAAAAAUUACAGUGUGUAUCUCUGGAGAAUAAUAUGUAUAUCUACCUUUAGCGGCUUUUUAUUGUGGACUAAUGCAAGAAAAUUAUUACCGGAGUAUUGCACCAUUUUUCCAUUCGGAAUAUAAAGUUUAAAAAAAAAAAUACUCUCGUUGAACUGUGGCCAUAGAUAAUUGUAAAGAGUUGAUAGUUCCCUUGCAAGCAGGAACAGAAACAAGCACUUGGACAUAGGUUUUGACUGCUUUUGGAGGAGCCAGGAGUUUUGGCUCCCACCUGUUUACAGACCUUUUUUUCUCCUUCAAACUUUAAAAUAAAAAAGGAAUUAAAAAAAAAAAAAAAAAAGAAAAAAAAAAACUUCCAUCGUAAAGAAAACUAUUUUCAGAAUGAAGAUAUGCUACUUCAGAGCUCUGGGAUUGAACAGUGUUGUUGUAUUCUUUUCUUUGGCCAUUGCUGUGUACUAUUUUUGUUGUUGUUUUCCUCCUCUUCGUCAAAGUGGCGAAAACUUUGUGAUCACUAUCUUGCACAUGGUGGAAGAUGUCUCAGGAAAGCCGGGUUUCCCGAGGAGCAACUCCACACCAUUUCAUGUAUUUUUAAAACCCAACUCCUAGCACUGAAGAUAUUAUUAAAAAACAAAUAAAAUUAAAAAAAAGACAGUAAGAAAGAAGAAAAUACCUAAUCUAAUGUGUAGCAGUUACAUAUUUACCAAAUAAUGGACUCAAAAGAAAUAGAUGUUUGAAGAGUGCUUUAUAUAUUAAAAAAUCGCUUUAUGUUUAAAAAAAGAUCAAUGUUUUUGUUUUGAAAGGAAGAAAGACAAUGGAAUAACAUACACUUCAAGUAUGUUUUAAAAAUUAUAUGAACAUUGUGCUCCCUGCCUGCUUGGAUCAGGAAACUUGUGCAUUACAUUAUUUUUUUUUUUUUUUUUGGAAGAUUAGCUUUUUAAUGGUUUUAUCAGAUUUAAAGGGUCCUGCAAGAUUGCAAAUUAACAAAAGCUGGUUUUAUAGAGGAUCAUGAACUAUGCACAAACUGGGUUCAAGACUUGUUUUUUUUUUCUCAAGUUUUAGUAGUGUAUUUAGCUGAAUAACCUUUCCUCAGAGUAAUUGCAUCUCAUUGCCAUUACACGCCUCCUACAUAUAUAUUUUAUAUAUAUAUACACACACACUUAUAUAAAAUAUGUAUGUGUGUAUGUGCGUGUUUACAUAUGAUGUUCCAUGCUGAAGUUUAGCAUUGAGUUGUAGAAAAACUCCUGAUAUUUUAAAAUUGGGAAUGAAAAAUUCUGUUUAAGGGUUGGGGGGUGGGGUUUUGUUUUGGGGCUUUUCUUUUUUUUUUUUUUUGCCUUUCCUUUUGGAUUAAAGAUGUCUGUAACUCUGAGAUUAAAAAAAACCAACAAUUGUGGCUUUUAAUGUUUAUUCUCCUCAUAGAAUGUGAUUGUUAAAGAACAUGCACCGAAAGUUGCUUUCAAGAGUACGAAGAUUCUUUGAAACUUAAUAAAUUGCAGUUUUUUCUUGGCUGUUGAAAUAA